GGUGCGUUUAGGCCUCAAUUAGUGGGCGUGGUUUAAAGUCACCUGAGGACUUUUAUAAAUUGUUUCUGGUCGCUAGAUUUUAUACACAAUUGUCCUGAAUAUUUUCUAGCCAUGAGUUCAGCAAAGCCCUACAUUGGCUGUAAAAUAGGGUUAAUUUCAAAAGCCCAAAAUCGCUAUGAGGGGAUUUUGUAUACAAUUGAUAAAGUGAACUCCACAGUGGUGCUGGCAAAAGUCAAAUGUUUUGGAACGGAGGGACGACCCGCUGACAGACCAACACCACCUAAAGAUGAUAUCUAUGAGUACAUCACUUUCCGGGGAAAUGAUAUUAAGGAUAUCACGCUGUGUGAACCUCCAAGAUCUCACCAUGGCCUACCCCCAGACCCUGCAAUAAUACAGUCAUCCAGUGCAGGCUCUUCAGGAAUCUACUCCGCUCAUGGUGGAUCACUUAGCCCAGUAAAAGUACCUGCCUACAACCAGCUAGCUGCCAGCUCUCUACUUAACCAACAGUAUGCUGCAGCUCUUGGCCUUGGGCCUAUACUUCCAGGCCUAAAUGUUAGAAAGGGGCCCAUGGUGGAGAAGGCUGUUCAAACCCUUCAUGUGGAAAUAUCUGGCCAGAGGAGAGGUUUGACUGCAUCCCCGGAGAGGGAGCAGCAAUGGGAGAGAAGGAGGCCCCAGAGGACCAGAGGAGGGAGUUUGCAGGGCAGAAGGGGCACUGGAGCCACCAUGAGGUCAGCCCCAACUGUGCAUAGUGCUCGGCAGGACACUUGGCAGCAGAAUAAUGAAAACAGGUCACCACCCAGAAGAAAAGGAGCGCGGAGACGCAGAAACCGUAAUAGAGGCCAGCUGUUGGUGGCGACUGUUCCAUCUGCCAUCCUUAAGUUUGACACAGACUUUGAUUUUGAUUCCUCAAAUGCACAGUUUAUUAAGGAGGAGCUGGAGAGGGAGGUGCAGGACAGGAUGAAUGUGAAAGAUGGAAAUCAUGAGGUAGCGAAAGAAAAAAAGGAAUUGCAGUCGACUGCAGAGGAUGAUCACUUUGGACCAAAAUGCUACUAUGACAAAACGAAGUCUUUCUUUGACAACAUCUCUUCUGAUAAGAAGUUCAGGCUAACAUGGGCAGAGGAGCGGAAGCGCAAUCUGGAGACAUUUGGGGUCCCUGGACGGUUCCUGAGGGGCCAAGGCUUCAGAGGUGGAUAUACUGGACGAAGAGGACGGGGCACUCUUUCUUCUUACAGUACUUCUUAUGUAUAACAAAUGGGAUAUUGUGUGUUACCCAUAAUGAAGAUUAAGAUCCGCAAAAGCCGCUCUGUUGGUGCUGUAUGAAGAAGGAUCCUUUCUUUAGUCACUCUCCCUAAGGCAGUUGUCCUAACCCCAUAUUGCCAGGAUUAUGUUUGGCCACAUUUUGAGUUUAGAUGCAUGGCUCACUAAAUGGUCCACUGACUUAUUUAUUUUUUUUUCAAUUACAUAGGAAGUGAAUGUUAAGCUUCUGUUUUGUUUUCUGCUACUUGAAAGAAUUCUGCUCAAAAAAUGUAUUUGUUUCAUAUUUAAAGUACCUGGCUUUGCCUCUUGGGCGAAGGUACUCAUCAUAAUUUGUACACUUAUGUCAUGAACAAAUGUUGUAAAUAUUAUCAACAUGAAAUGAACUAAACCUAAAUGUAUGUUUAAAAAAAAAAAAAAGGUGAAAUCGUGUUCACUGCUUUAUUCUGUGGUAUUGAAGCAUCAAGCCAGAUUGAUAUAAAUAAACUGGGAAUUGCUGAUGAUGGCCA